AUGGCGACAAUCUCGCUCGCGGGAAGCCCGAGCGCCAUCGUCUCGCCUCCUCACGCCGUCUUUGAGGCUGCCGGAGGCUCCGCUCGCCCCGAUGAACUCUCGCUCAGUACUGCGGAACGUCACACAUCGCCACACUAUGGGCUACAAUCAGUAGUAGCCCCUCGUCAUGGCGCUCCGGCUCGCACCAUUGACCAGAACGAAGCCAUGUCGACCGAGGCCAUCAACUCUGUGGCGGUAUCGGCCCCUCCAGCGCGUUCGCUUCCCCUACUAUCCCUACAGCCCAUACUAGCGACAACAAUAACAGCAGUUGCUGCCAAUGUACCCGAGCCAGGCAUGGCACCUCCGCCAUAUUCUGCCAGACCCAACUAUUCUGCGCCAAGGCAGCUGACUUGGGCACACGCUACCUCAGCGGUCGUAGCAGGAGAACAUAUUGUUCCUUCACCUCCCCCACACAGACCCCGCUCUUUCCUCGAACCCCUUGAGCUCCCAUCCCCAUUCACAAAAGCCCCGAAAUCGCGUGUCUCGAACUUCCGCGAGGGACUCAAAGAGGGCGGGAGGGGCGCAUGGGCCGAGCUCAGGGAAGGGAUGAAGGGUCCGGUCGGGCUGACGUGGUAUUGGGCCAAAGAGGGCGGUGUGUUUGGUGCGCUCGGUGGACUGGGGUAUGGCACUACGAUCCUCGCUCUUUGCCCCAUCUCAGCCUCCAUCGCCUUCCUCAACCACUCGUCCCGAGGCGCAAUCCGGUCGGUCCGCUCAGCGAAAGAUCAGCGCCGUCUCUCCAAAUCUAAAUCCGCUCAAUCCGGCCGCUCAUCAUCUCCCUCCUCUCCUUCUCCCCUCUCCCCCAUCGGCACCCUCCUCUCGCCGAACGGCACCGCACCCAACCCCAACCCGCUAUCGAUGCGCCGAACGUCAACGAUGGGCAGCGCUGUCACGUCCCGAAGUCGCCGGAGUCGGCUAGGCGGUUUCUUAUCCCGCGUGACGACGGCACGGUCCGAGUCUGGGCCAAUCACGCCGGAACAGGAGGAUAAUGUGUCCGGACAGGGGUCGGAAGGGGUGGUCGUACAGGCAGAAGAGGAGGCAGGGAGGGUCACGCCCUUUCCUAUCUCGAUGUCUCCCGUGAAUAAGGUGGACUGGGCGAUCCCCAAAGGAAAGAAUCGGGAGGAGAGGGGAACGACCCCGCUGGAGAUGGAUACGAAGUGGGGAGCUCCUCCUUCUCCGUCUUUCGGUCCGAGCGGCUCAGGGGACGGGCAGGGGUACACGAUGGGGUCGGCCUUAGCUGCGGAGGGAGCACUUGUGGGGAUGGACAGGAAAGUGAACCGGCUCGAGAUGGAUGCGAAGUGGGGCAGCGGGGCUUUUGCCAGUCUAGGUCCGCCGGUCUUUCCGGGCCUGUAUGAGGGGGAGAGUCAGGCGGGACCUAGUGCGCAUGGGACGCCGCAGUUGGAGAGGGAUAUCAAGUGGCCGAUUCUGCCGGUUGAGCAUGGCGGGUCGGGGCUCGGGGUGGAGUCGGGGAUGGAGCGAAGUCAAGGGGCCGAGCGAACGGAAGAGAGGGAUGUUCGGCGGUCGGACGAGGGGGUGGUGCGGGCCAGGGAGGAAGUGACGCGUAUGGAGAUGGAUCUGAAGUCCCGACUCGAGGUUGUAUCGGCCACAUCCCGAGAACUCAAGUCGGACAAUCUGACGGUCGCCAUCGACGCGGUCAGGCCAGACAGAGAGAUCACAGCGCGAUUGCCAGAGGCACCAACCUGUCUCACAUCCGGUAGCGCUAGAUCAAAGACUCGUCUGAGCGCAGCUGUGGCUUUGGAGUACGCAGACAGUGUUGUCGACGCGCUGCUUGCGGACUUGUUACUCGUCGCCAUCGACCCUACAGACAUAGCCCUACUGCUUCAUGAGGAGGGUUAUCAUGCAUUGGCUGUACUUGAUGGUACCACAUGCGUUGGCUGGACGCAAGUGACGACUCGGACCUCGGCGCCGUCGAUUCGACAGGCUAGCAUGCCAGCAGGCCAGCAGGGUGACUUUCACCACUCUUUCACCUGUAGCCUGCCUGCGACUGGACUGGAGGCUCCGUCGGAGCGCAUGGGCGGAGCUGUGACACGUUGGUGA